AUGCCGGCGACGACUCUCGCGCGCGUCGUGAUGCGGCCGACCGCACGCGGUAAGGUCUUGCCAAAUAUGUUGUGUCGCUCACUCUCCAACUCGUUGAGUGUUCGGCAAAAUAAAGUGUCGGCAUUAGACUUCCAGCUUUCCUCCGCAGAUGCUAUUUAUCGUGCGCGUCUUGCCGCACUGGAGCAGCUCUUGCCUAUCAUCAAGGGUCGCUGGGGUGGCGCUGGUUUUGCAGUCUCACAGGCACUCGGUCUUGGUUGGCUUACCGAUUCGGAAGAAUCGGUUAUGCGUUAUGUGUCUUCGCGAGCAGUGUACGUGCCUAUGUGGGUAGUCGACGCCAUGUUCCAUCUUCCAUGCCGUGGUGAUAAUGGUUCAGCACGAGCAUCAUUUAUUUCGACCAAUUCAACUUUCCCAGGCAAUGCAUGGAAGCCUAUGGACACUCUACCACUUCGACCACCUCCCCCACGCACAGACAACUCGCCUCCUCCAACACAGGCCCUUAUCACGCCGAAUGACGAGCCCAUGACAUAUACACCUUUUUCACGCCAACGCCAUCUGUUUCCUGACGUUGAGAUACCAGAAGGAAUUAGUGUGCUCCCAUUUAACAUAUCUCCAUUAUCGCUACCAGAUAUUUGCAAGGCGGCAGACCUUCGUACUUCGAUGGUCGAUCUACUUUCGGAAGGUCCUGCAUUGCAUAUUAAUCGGCGAUUCACGAUUCUACCUGGUGUUGAGAUUCAAGUGGCGAAUCUUGACACAAGCCGGUCUGACGAUACAAAGGCUAUGCUUCGAAUGGAGCUUGACAAACUUUCGUUCGAUAUGUUCGCUUGCUAUCCAGUCAUGCUUCCGAUCCAUUUGAUCGAGUUUCAAUAUGACGCGCAUGGCGAAAAGGAUAGGCAAGCGACUGUAGCGCUCGGCGCAUGGGAUCCCAGUACGUUUUGA